CAAUUCGAAAAACAGUAAUUGUUAGUAUCUAUUUGUCGAGAAAGAACUAAGUAGUAUCUAUCAUAUACUAUGUUUGGAGACAAGGCAUUGGAGCUCAUAAGAGAGCUUGAACGAUCAUUAGACGGUCUACCACAGUUUAACAAGAUUGAAAGCUUGGCAAUUUUUGAUCAUCCGCAUCUCAUCACAUUUCUUUCGACUACAACAACCGGACAUAAAAUUCAACGAAUAGUUGGAACCAAGUUAAACUAUUGUUCAAUUUAGGAUGAAGGAGUUCGGCAGGUCCUCGAAGAAAUGCAAGUUCUCCACGAAGCUAUUAUAGCCGACGUAAAUGCAGUGGAGGAUAAUAUUCAGUACUCCCAUUCUAUUCAGCUACGUCAUGAAGCUUUGAAGAGAAAUAAACGUUGCAUUCUGGCCUAUUUAUACAACAGACUCCAAAAAAUACGCCAAACACGUUGGGAAUUUGGGAGCAUCUUACCACCAGAAAUUAAGUCACUCUUUGCAGAACCAGAGGUCCAGUGGUUCAAUUCUUACAACAAAUCGUUAGCAACUUACAUGAGAUCCAUUGGAGAUAAUCAUGGACUUAAUUUAACCACAGAUAUCACACCUCCAAAAUCGCUCUAUAUAGAGGUUCGUUGUUUGGUUGAUUAUGGGAAAUUUGAGCUAGAAGAUGGGGAGGUACUAUCUUUAAGGAAAAAUAGCCAAUAUUUGCUGCCCCGUGCUGAAUGUGAGAAUCUGGUGAGGCAGGGCAUUUUGCAGCAUAUAUCAUCUUGAAUAUUUCGUUCAGCCUUUCUGCCUUAUUUCACCCUUCAGUUCAUGAAGGAAAAGUUAGAGCUCCCAAAACUUUCAUAAGAGGAGGUUUACACAGGAUAUCCGAGACCAUAUACAAAUUCAAAUAUUUGUCUUGCUUCGUACAAAAUAUAUCCUAUAUUUUUGAUAUCAUCUUAAUAUCGUUACCAAUACUCAACUAAAUUGCUUGGAUAAUGUAAAGUCUAUACCAACAAACAGAUGUAAUGUACAUAUAGCUGAGAUCAAUCAUCAAUGUUUGGGAAUAUUUGCAGGUAAUAAAGUCUGAUUUUCAGUUUGGAAAGUUA